AUGUAUUUCCACAUAGUCACUCCCCUGCCCACCGAUAUUGCGAAACAGGUGUUUGAAUUCAUCAUCACCAUGCCUGAGCCUGUUCCAUACACUCAAUUGAAGAAAGCGGUAUUCACCCGCACAGCUGUGUCGGAUGAAUGUCGAUUAGAUGAGUUGUUUGGGGAUCUCAAAAUCGGCGACUGCACCCCGUCCCAUUUGUUGCGACACAUGCGGCAACUCCUCGGGACCCGCGUACUUGAUGACGCCAUCCUCCGCCAGCUUUGGUUGAAGCGUCUCCCUCCACGCAUCCGAGAAGUUUUAUCCAUCCUCUCCAACAGUUCGUUGGAUGAAAUGGCACUGGCCGCGGAUAAAAUGUUUGAAGCAAACCCAGCUCCGCAUCACACCACCGCUUGCUCCAACCCAACCCCGACCGGUCCUCACUGUGAUGAUUUCACUUCACGAAUGGGAAACCUUGAACUGCAGAGGCAGCAAUUGGUUCUUCACCUCUCCCUUUCACGGUCAUCCAGCCGUAGUCGAAGUCGAAGUCGCUUGACUUCACAAACCCGCAGAAAUCACCCGCCAGCCAGCUCUAACCCUCAACAUUGCUGGUACCACCAACGAUUUGGUCCCAGGGCCAAGAAAUGCACCCCAACCUGUUCGUUCACCUCACAGGGAAACCCCAAAGCCGGACAGUAA